AUGGCGAGACCGUCGACAAUGUCGCAGGUAUAUAAUUCCGCACUCACGAAUCAUGGUGUCCUUCAAGCUCAGAGACUGGCGAAACACCUGGUAGAUACUGAUGUCAAGAUCUCCCAUAUCUUCUCGUCCGAUCUGCAACGUGCUUUCAAUACCGCCGAAGCUGUGCGAUCUGCCCAAUCCCCUCCACCGUCGGAAACGACCAGGUUGGAGAAGCUUCGUGAGCAAGACUUUGGCUUUUACGAGGGCAAACAUUUCUCUGAGCGUCCUCGUAAUUCCAACAAGUCUGGCAAAGAGGCACACAUGGACGCGCAUCGCGACGAGCCUGGGUUCAAGGACGUCGAGUCCAAGACCGCCAUGGCAAGUCGUAUGGAUGAUUUCGUCGAGGGCCAUCUCGUCGAUCUUUUCAAAGAGGUUGAACCAGAUAUGGGUGUUGUGGUCGUUGCUCAUGGGAUCAUCCUUGGCCAUCUGUGGAGGGCUGUCCUAAAGAGAUUCCAUUCUGCUAAUGUUCACGUCGUACCUGGAGCAAUCAUCACCGACACAGGUCGGGGAUUAGAGCAUCUUGGUGGGUGGUCAAAUACUGGCUACCUGGACCUUGAAGUCAGAAGGCACACCGAGGCCGCGGCUCCAUGUGAGACAGAGUCAUUGGUACCUGUAGCGAUCAUACCUCCUUCAACCGUUGAGCACUUGCCGGAGACUGUUGCUGGUGCCACAGCAGUGGAACAACCAACCCUGCCAACACCCUCAAGUCCCAAUACUGAUCAUGCGCAGCCAUCUAAGUCGACUUUGCAGAAUAUGUCACUUGUCGUCAAGGCGGUCAACAGCCAAGAACAUCUGAAAGGUCUUAAAAAGACUCGAGGUGGUAUUGGUAGCCUGAAGCAUGACACCACCCAAAAGACCGUUGAUUCUUUCUUCAAGAAGCAACGAACAGAAUAG